AUGGACACAGAAGCGCAACAACUCCCCGGCACACUAAGCUGGCGCCUCAGCUCCCACCCCAUCACGCUCCUCACCUUUCUCGCCUUCCGAAUAUCGAGUGUUUUGGUCUACUUUUUCGGCCUUUGGGUCACGGCCAGCAUGGUCAUGAUUUUCAUUAUCACGAUCCUCCUCCUCGCCGCUGAUUUCUACUACCUCAAGAACAUAGCGGGCCGGCGGCUCGUCGGGCUCAGGUGGUGGAACGAAGUCGACCCCCAGAGCGGCGAGUCAAAAUGGGUCUUUGAGUCGAGCGAGCCGGGCGCAAAGGUGAUCAACGCGACGGAUAGUCGGUUCUUCUGGCUGUCGCUGUAUGUGCAGCCUUUGCUGUGGAUAUUGCUGGCGGUGUUGGCGAUUGUGCGGUUGCAGUUUUUGUGGCUGCCUCUUGUUGUUAUUGCGCUGGUCUUGACGAUUAUGAAUACGCUUGCGUUUUCGAGGUGCGACAAGUUUAGCCAGGCUUCUAAUUUGGCGGGCAGUGCGUUGGGGUCGACGAAUCUGGCGGGCAGUAUUGCGUCGAAUAUGGUUGGGAGAUGGUUCCGUUAG